CCGGCGUGGCAGCCGGGAGGGUUAAGUCAAAGGCUGGGGUCCGCCUGGGCGAGGCCGGCCCCCUGAGGCCGAAGCCGGGCUUCUGAGGCUUUCUCUGCUGAGAGGAGCGGAUGCCCUCAUGCCCCCAGGCGCCCAGGUCCCGUUGCCUGCUCGGCCCUGGGCGGUCUUCCCUGUGGGUCCGCCGCCCCUCAGCUCCUCAAGGGCCAGGCUACCCGGAACCGCGCGGGGCUCCCGUUCCUUAGCGCCCUGUCCUGCCAAAGCGAUCCUGGUGAGUCCUGGUCCUCUGUGAGGGGAUGUCUUUGGCCACUGGAGGAUGAGGAAGGCUCUCAUGACCUUCCGGGGGUCCUGUGAAGACCAGAGGAGCAAAUAAAGUGCUUAGUGUGCGGAAGAGAAGACUUGGAAACAGCCCUGAUGGCACGUCCGUACCUUGGGAGCGCGUGAGAAAGCGAAAUCCAAAGUAGUCUGUGCAUUAGGGUCUCAUUUACGUGAAAACACACAUCAAGCACCCCUUUUUUCCCCCCAUCAUCUGUAUGGAUAACAUUUUCAUUAAAAGCGCAGGAAGUCAGGAGUGCAUGUCCUGAUGCCAGCUUGGCCACCCACUGAAAGGGUCAGCUCUGGAGCCCAGGCUGAGGCCAGCCAGCCCUGAGCCUUAGGCCAGGGGAAUGGCAUCCCUCCAGGGGUCCCAGGACCAGGCCUCUGGGGAGGGAGAAGGACUUCUGAUCGUGAAGGUAGAAGAUUCCUCCUGGGAGCAGGAAUCUGCUCAUCCAGAAGAGGACAGCAGGGAUUUGGAGGCCUGCCGCCAGCGCUUUCGCCAGUUCUGCUAUGAGGAUGUGGGAAGGCCACACGAGGCCUUCAGCCAGCUCUGGGAGCUGUGCUGCCGCUGGCUGCGGCCUGAGCUGCACUCCAAGGAGCAGAUCCUGGAGCUGCUGGUUCUGGAGCAAUUCCUAACAGUUCUGCCCAGGGAGAUCCAGGCUCAGAUGCAAGGACAGCACCCAGGCAGUGGCGAGGAAGCUGUUGCCUUGGUGGAGGACCUACAGAAGCAGCCUUCGAAAGCCUGGCCGCAGGAUGUGUGCUCAGAGGACCUGGAGCCUGAAGUUGCAGUCCAGGGAUCCCAGGCUAAGAGGCUCCCCCUGAUGGUGGGGGUGCAGAGCCAGCCACCUGUGACUCUGGAGCAGUGCUGCCACACCCAGCUUCCCACUCACCUUAAAGAGGGAAGAGGCAGAGAGAGGACCAAUGUCCAUGGACCUUUGGCCUUGGGAGACAUUCCUUUCUUUUUCUCCCAAGAAGAAUGGGGCUCCCUGCACCCAUCUCAGAGAGAUCUUUUCUGGGACAUAAAGCGUGAGAAGUCAAGGAACACUGUUCUGGAUUUGGGGCUCAAACGCCCAAAUGUGAAGACGGGGCUCGAAGAGGUGGCGAUGGCCCCGCCCGCCCCAGCAGGUGGAGAAGCAGGCGGGGAACUGGCAGUGUCCUGGAGCCCGGAGGAGGCAGAGACCUGGGAGCGGGAGAACGGGCCCGGCGCAGCCCUGGGCAGGCCGCCCGCCCGCAGGCGCCAGUUCCGGGACCUGGCAGCCGAGAAACCGCACAGCUGCGCGCAGUGCGGGAAGCGCUUCCGCUGGGGCUCAGACCUGGCCCGGCAUCAGCGCACGCACACCGGCGAGAAGCCACACAAGUGUCCCGCGUGUGACAAGAGCUUCCGCAGCUCGUCCGACCUGGUGCGCCACCAGGGCGUGCACACGGGCCAGAAGCCCUUCUCCUGCGCCCAGUGCGGCAAGAGCUUCAGCCGCAGCGCCUACCUGGCCGACCACCAGCGCAUCCACACCGGUGAGAAGCCCUUUGGCUGCAGCGACUGCGGCAAGAGCUUUUCACUGCGCUCCUACCUGCUGGACCACCGGCGGGUGCACACCGGUGAGCGGCCCUUUGGCUGCGGCGAGUGUGACAAGAGCUUCAAGCAACGCGCCCACCUCAUCGCCCACCAGAGCCUCCAUGCCAAGAUGGCCCAGCCUGUGGGGUGACCUGCCCUUGGGGUAACCGGCACCUCGCUGUGAUUCCGGCAACAGCUGCUUUCCAGGGAGUUCUCCGCCUGUCUUUGUCCAUUUCCUGGAAGCCUGUGCCAUUUCCUCACCCAGAGCUCACCUUCCCACCCCCAGGAUCAGAGGCGCAGGUUCCCACCUGCCAUGGUGCUUUUUCCCUUUCUGCUCAAAGUGUUUCUCCCUUCCUAGUUUCUGGGGUCCUCAAGCACUUUCCUGCUGCAUGGGUGAGAGGACAGAGGCAGGACCCAGAGGUUCUUCCAGGCACCCCUCCACCUUGCCUGACUGGAGGCUUUGUUCAUUGCCUUCCCAGGUGGGUUCCUGGCCCAGGCCCUCUGCCCUGCCAGCCUGUGCCUGCCAGUGAGGGAGGAGGACUGGCCUCAACCCCUUCGACGUGAGAAUCUGGGUCCCAGGUGUGAUGGUGGGGGCUACCUGGCCUCCCCUCUCCCCUCUCCCUCUUCUAGGCCAUGAACAGUCCAUCAUCCUCAGGAAGCUGUCUGUUCUGAGCCCUGAACCCCCCACCUGCCAGUUUAGAAUGGUAGAGCUGGCUGUGGUGACAGGAGGCCAACCCUGGAGAUCUAGCAACUCCUGCAGGGGUGUAGCCCAGCCGCGCUGGCUGAUGCUGACACUACUACUAGAUCAGCACGUGGAUGCUGAGUCCUCAAGCACUGCAUUCUGGCCUGUAUCUUGUACAGAGCUCCGAGACCAGGCCAGCACAGAAGCUCAGUCCAGCAGUGUUUAAAUAAACGUGGGAAUGUCGCUCCAGG